GUGGAUGGGAUGAGCAGAUCUCAUCAUUGAUUUUGGGAAAUGUCGCCGCGGCAUUUCUCAUGGAUGCUAAAAUCUUGUUUCCCCAAGCGUCAACAGCCCCACCAGCCGGGCCCUAUUUCCUCCGCCGCCGCCGUCGCCACCGCCGCCGCCCCCGCCCCCGCCACUGCCAUUUCUUCCCUUCCCGACGACCUCGUUCUUGAAAUCCUUGUGAGAGUGCCUUUCUCCACAUUGGCUCGUCUCCCCUCCGUUUGCCGCCGUUGGGCUUAUCUUCUCAAUUCGUCGGCGUUCCUAACACUCCGCCGCCGGAAUGAGGUCCUAAUUCAAGCUCUGUUCUCCAUUUCGGUUACCGAUUCGGCGAUAUACGCCGCCGUGCUCCGGCUGGACCUCGAAUGUGACUGGAAUGUAUCGUCGUUCGUGCCUUGGAAGGAUAAUUCCCGCCGUCCGGUACCGGCAUUGUUGAUGUUCUCGCAUUUCAGACUGGUUUCCGUCGGCCGGAAAGUGUACAUCGUCGCUGCGGAGGGGAUACUGCGCUGCGACACCUGGACAGGGACGCUGGCCUCCAAGGCUGCCAUGGCGAUUCCGAGGAAGAAAUUCGCCGCCGCUGCGGUGGCGGGGAAGAUACUCGUCGCCGGUGGUUCCGACCACUCGUCGGCGGUGGAGGAGUACGAUCCGGUAACCAAUUCGUGGCGCGUCGUCUCCGAAUCUCCGAGGAGAAGGUACGGAUGCAUCGGAGCUUCGGCGGACGGGGUUUUUUACGUCGUCGGCGGACUGAAGAUCGGACAGCCGUCGGGAAACGACGUCCGGCCGGCGGCGGAGGCGGCCCACGUGUACGCGAGUUCGAUGGAUCUAUACGACGUCGCGGCCGGGGUGUGGCUGAGGAGCCGGACGGUUCCCGGCGGCGGCUGCGUGAUGGCUGCGUGCGCCGCCGAUGGCGACGUGUACGUUCUCUCGAGCCACGCGGUGGAGCUGUCGUUCUGGAGAUUCACCGGCUCGCGGCGGAACCCUAGAUUUGGGGAGUGGCGGCGGAUUAAGAAUCCGCCGCUGCCGCGGCAGGUGAGUCUGGACGGCAGGGUGCGAUUCAGCUGCGUAGGGGUGGGGAAGGCGGUGCUGAUGGUCCAGCUGGGCAGUUGCAUCGACGAUUUGCUGCGGCGGAGCGGGCGGUCGGCGAGGGGGUUCAGGGACGGACUGGUGUUGCUCUACGACUGCGCCGCCGACAAGUGGACCCGAGUCCCGGAUUUGCCGGAGCUCAUGCGACGCGCCGCCUGCGUGUGCGUCGAGUGCUAACUUGCACCGGUGGGCCCGCCACGGGUCACGCAACGGAUUUUGACUACUGUCUUUUUUUUGUUAGAGUCUCGAGGGAGGCUGGCUGACAAGUGCCAGUAAUUGGAGCCCUACUAGUAGUAUAGUAUAGGGGCAAUAUUGGAAUUUGGAGCUUCGUCUAAUCAGCGACACAUAAAACGCGAUUUUAUUUAUUGUCAUGAGUAAA